AGGAGGAAUUUGGACUUCACCUCACCUGUAUCAUUCUCACUCAUUCACUCCUACACAGUUGAAAAACCCUUUAAUUUUAAAAAGGAUAUUUUGGUUAUAUACUGAGAAAUCCAACUUCUUUUGUAUCUUUAUCCUUUUGGUACUUCAAUUAUCAAAAGAAAGAAAAGCAUCAACAACAACAACAAAAAGCCCAUACACUUAAGUGAAAAACCAGACAAGAGAGAAAACAAGAAAAAUGGGUGUUCUGGAUCAUGUUUCAGAUCUGUUUGACUGUUCUCACAGUUCCAAGCACAAGAAACGUAAGCAGUUGCAGACGGUGGAAAUCAAGGUGAAAAUGGACUGCGAAGGAUGCGAACGGAAAGUGAAAAAAUCAGUGGAAGGGAUGAAAGGGGUGACACAAGUGGACGUGGAGCGGAAGGCCAGCAAGUUGACGGUCGUCGGAUAUGUGGACCCGAAGAAGGUCGUGGCACGAGUGGCGCAUCGGACGGGGAAGAAGGUGGAGCUAUGGCCCUAUGUGCCGUACGACGUGGUGGCUCACCCAUACGCCCCCGGGGUUUACGAUAAGAAGGCUCCGGCUGGGUACGUCCGCAACGCCGAGGACCCGCAAGUGUCGCAUCUCGCACGUGCUAGCUCCACUGAAGUUAGGUACACCACAGCUUUCAGCGACGAAAACCCUGCUGCUUGUUCGGUUAUGUGAUUGAUUGAGAAUAUGAUUAAACCCCACAAAAAAGAAAAAGGUGAUACCAAGAUAUUUUGUGGUAGCAGUGAAUUGAUUUUGUGUGUUGGUAAAUUUGUAUUAGUUUAAGGAUUUGGUUGUAAAAUUUGCUAUCUUGGGUUUUUAUCUACAUUUCUAUUUGUGUAUUUUGGACUGUAUCAUAAUGUUUUCUAGUGGAUAACAUUUGGAAGUAAAA